AUGCUGAACAUCCGUCGCGUAGUGGCCCGCACACCCUCGGGCUGCCGUGGAUUCCAGCGAUCCGUGGGCAUCGUGGGCAUGCCCAACGUGGGCAAGUCCACACUAUUCAACGCGCUUACCAAGACUGAGGUAGCCCAGGCCGCCAACUAUCCUUUCUGCACCAUCGACCCGAAUGUUGCGCGCGUAGCUGUACCCGACGAGCGCGUGCGACACCUGGCGGAGGUAGAGAAGUCCAAGCGCGUGAUCGAGACGCAGCUUGAAUUCGUCGACAUCGCCGGACUGGUGCGAGGUGCUUCGAAUGGCGAAGGACUGGGCAACAAGUUCCUAGACAACAUUCGGCAGGUGGCGGUGAUCGCCCACGUCGUGCGCUGCUUCGAGGACACUAACAUCCUCCAUGUGGACGAGUCGGUGGACCCUAUUCGUGACUUGGAGACGAUCCGUACCGAGCUGAUCCUUGCCGACUUGCAGACAGUGGAGAAGCGGUUGGCCAACCUGGCAAAGAAGAAAAAAUCGACGGACCCCACAAUCCCUUCCUUGAUCGAGGUUCUGAAGCGUCUGCAGCCUCACUUGGAAGAUGGGAAUCUGGCCGAAGGAAUGACCUUCGACAAGCCAGACGAACAACUUCAGUUCGAGCGUCUGCAGCUACUAACAGCUAAGAAGGCUCUGUACCUGUGCAAUGUAUCUGAGGAUGAUGCAGCUACGGGUAACGAGAUGACAGAGGCAGUGCGUGAGUGUGUUGAGGCGGAGGGAAGCGUGUGUCUGACGGUAUCGGGCUCUUUGGAGGAAGCUGCAGCAUCUUUUGAGGAAGACGAAAGUCAGUUGGAGUACCUGAACGAGAGCGGAUUGAACGAGACUGGCUUGACGAAGGUCAUUCGUGCUAGUCAGGAGCUGCUGCAGCUGCAGACCUACUACACUGUUGGUGAGAAGGAGGCGCGUGCUUGGAAUGUGCUGGCCGGAUCGACUGCAGCUGAGGCGGCUGGUGUGAUCCACUCGGACUUUGAGAAAUUGCUCAUUCGUGCAGAGACUGUCGGAUACGAGGAUUUUGUGAAGGCUGGCAGUAUGCGUGCGGCCAAGGAGAAGGGUCAGUUGCGCUCGGAAGGCAAGGACUACAUUUGCCAGGAUGGCGACAUCUUCAAUUUCCUUGUGGGAAAAUAACUCCACCGUAACGUAGCAAUAGAUCUCAGCAGUUCGGUGAUUGCCUCGUGGAUAACGUUUGUCUUGCCGUCACACGAUCCGUGACCAGUGCAAGCAUGGGGAAUGAAAGUUGGGCCUGUUCUCAGCAUUAAGGGAUCGCUUAUUUUGGCCGCGAUGCUAACGGUUAGAUGCGUUAAGAGUAAAUUAUAAACUCUCCCUGAAGGCAUUGGAAAAACA